AUGCCCGGCGAUCUGUUCCUCUCGGGCCGGAAGCAGCGUCGCAAUCGGGUAACGUGUGACGUUUGGCUCGGCACAGGGGUUCUGGCCGCCCAUUGGGCCGUCCGUCCCGCUGGAGGGGGGUCGCUUCGAGAUGACUGCAAUGAUUUGCACCAGGGGUAUUUUCAGCUUUGUGACCUGAAUGGAAUGCUAUCUUGUCCUCUGCAUCGACAGCUGCUGCAGUGCGACAGUGCGAAGGUGAGGUUGGAGUAA